AUGAGCUCUAAUAGUACCAUCGGGACGGACACCAUUGAUCAGUCAGGUACGUCAUCACUGUCCAUCAGUGGCCAGACCAGCAGUCUAAUUUCCCCAUCGACCUAUGUCUCAUCCACGCCUUCUUCGACUUUGACACCCCAGCAAGGAAGUCUAACAUCAUUGCCACCGGUAUCCAGUACUUCUGUCUCUACAUUCCGCACCUCAAAUACGGUUUCUGAUGAAAGCUUGUAUUCGUCUUUUUCCGUAUCUUCAACGUACACUUUGAUAUCAUCUUCUAUUAGUGGUCAAUCUAGCGGGCAACAGAUGGAAAGUUCACAGUAUGGACCAACCACCACUUCGUUCUCUGUCAUCACGCCAUCCUUAUCGAUUCUUUCGUCAUCUUUAUCACCAUCAUCUUCAUUAUAUUCUGCCUCCGCAAAAUCAUCGCUUGAUAGCGUUUCUACGUCUUUCUCCACGUCAACACCUUCUGCAAUAUCUCCCAGUUUCACUUCUCUAUCUUCUGCGUACACAGGUUCCUCGGAAUUUACCAGUACCCCGCAAACCACAUCAACGGAGUCUUCGGCAAUAUUUACAUCUUCGCCAACAUCCAAUGAAGACAUUACAUCUUCAUAUUCCGAUCGGAUUACAUCCACAUUGAUGUACUCUUCCCUGUUUUCAUCAGCUACUAAUUCCUCCACUAAAAGCGAAUCCUCAGAGUCGAAUUCAAAGGCCCCAUCAUCGACGGUCUCGGACACUUUUCAGAGUACCACAUCAGUCACACAUAUGCCAAAGCUAGUUUCGAGUCAUACUACUAGUUCGACUUCUACUUCAAGCCGUCUUUCAUCUUCAUCAGAUGCUUCCACAAGUGCAUUUGAGAACUCUUCUUUGAGCGAUAACACAUAUUCUUCCAAACAAACAACCUAUACUUCUAGUAGUAGCGUGCCAAUGACAACUCCUCCACCUACCACCACUACGACUUCUACAACUUCACCGACAUCAUCCAGUCAAACGUAUAGCAUAGGGGUCGUAUCAAGCUCAGAAGACUCACAAACCAUCUAUUAUUUUUAUACCCAAGCAUACGAUAUUACUGGCUCUUCUACAACAUUUGCAACAGGGUUGCCUACUACGGUUGCUCUUGCCAAAAGUGCAGUAAGCUCAUUUUCUGUUCCAUCUUCAACCAUUACUGCAGAUAUGUCUUUCUACCAGCACUGGCUGAACGGUGGUUUAGACGACAAUCAAAAUCAAGGGACAUCAAAGUCAAAUACUGGUACUAUUGUAGGAAGUAUAGUGGGCAGUAUUGGUGGUAUUCUUGUAUGCGCGGUGAUAGUUUGGUUUUUGUUGUUCAGAAAAAGAAAAGGCAAGAGAGAGUUAAAGGAAAACAGUUCUUUCUGUCAUGAAAUAGGGCGCAGAACGGGAUUUCCCACGACUGCUCAAGCAAGGGAGACAUCAGUUCAUGCCCAGGACUCUGGUGCUCAACAAACAAAUAUGGACAGUAAUUCUACCAAUAACCCAUUUAGCAAUGAAUUCAACUUUAAGGCCAGGUGUGCUACUGCAGUACCACCAUCAAGAAAUGGUGUCACCCUCGACAACCCUUCCCAAACCAUUCGCAAUGAUUCAAUGAACUCAAACAACAGGUUUUCGUAUGUCUCUUCAUUUACGUAUUCAUCUCUCGGUUCAUCUACUCAGGGCGGUUUUUCUGCUUUAUCUUCAAAUUCGAUAAAUCUCGGGCCUGGCUUAAAUAACAAUGUCUCGAAUGAUGAAAGAGCUUCUGCUCGAGAUACUUCACAAGGGUUUUUAAGAGAAAUAAUAUGA